CCACCAGGCCACGCCCCCUGCCAGGCUCCGCCUCCGGUCACGCCCCCUCGUCCCUCCCGCCAUGGCGUCCGCGGGCGGCCCGGACGCGGAGCGGCCGCACCCCAAGCCCUUCCUCAUCGGCGUCAGCGGCGGCACCGCCAGCGGCAAGUCCACAGUGUGCGAGAAGAUCAUGGAGCUGCUGGGGCAGAACGAGGUGGAGCAGCGGCAGCGCAAGGUGCUGAUCCUCAGCCAGGACAGCUUCUACAAGGUGCUGACGGCCGAGCAGCAGGCCAAGGCGCUGAAGGGACAGUACAACUUCGACCACCCGGAUGCCUUCGAUAACGAUUUGAUGCAUUCAACCCUGAAAAACAUUGUUGAGGGCAAAACAGUUGAGGUACCAACAUAUGACUUUGUGACACAUUCUAGGCUGGCAGAAACGACCGUGGUGUAUCCUGCUGAUGUCGUCCUCUUUGAGGGGAUCCUGGUUUUCUACAAUCAAGACAUUCGGGACAUGUUCCACCUCCGUCUCUUUGUGGACACAGACUCUGACGUCCGGCUGUCCCGCAGAGUUCUGCGAGAUAUGAAACGUGGGAGGGACCUGGAGCAGAUCCUCACCCAGUACACCACGUUUGUCAAGCCUGCCUUUGAGGAGUUCUGCUUACCGACAAAGAAGUAUGCAGAUGUGAUCAUCCCCCGUGGAGUUGACAACAUGGUUGCCAUAAACCUGAUUGUGCAGCACAUUCAGGACAUCCUGAACGGAGACAUCUGCAAGUGGCAGCGGGGGGCUCUGAACGGGCACAGCCGGACGUACAAGCGGCCGUUCCCGGAGCAGGCGGAGAGCGGAGCUGUCCUGGCCCCCGGGAAGCGCUCCCACCUCGAGUCCAGCAGCCGCCCACACUAACCCAGCACGGCCCCAGGGUUUGCCUCUGGUCCACACCAACACCGAAGACAACUUUGGGAAAGGACUUCCACGGAAUGGUUGGUGAAGUGCCCCUUAAGUCGUUCUAGCAGCAGAGGGGUUCCUGGUGGGAAUCUCACCGAGAGGAAGGGGUUGGCCAUCCAUCCCCCUUCCCUCCAAACCCCUCCCUAUUCUCUCUGAGAUGUGUGGAGUUGUUACUUGAUGAACUGGUUAAAGGCAGUGCUACUUGCCUUUUUUCACUUUUCAAAAUGAGAUCUAAUGCUGAGGAUUCCCCUGAAAAUUAAGCACUAUCAGGUGACUAGCAAGAUAUCCCGUUUCCCUGAUGAUGGUCAUCAUCUGUAGCAGGAAAAUCAUCUGCCUCUUGGGUGUUUUUCUCUCUAUCCAAGACUAGCUCACAUGUUGUUAAUUUUAACAAGCUUUUACUCUUCUCCACCUUGUUGGCACCUUGAGUUAUGGCCAUGCUCUGCUGCUGGCCAGCCUCCUUCUAGCCCGUGGGGUCAGAGGGCCUGACCUGUAGAGGCACCUCUCCCUUUGAGAGAGGGGUGAGACAGAGACUGUCUGGAACAAAUGGGAACUUGCAGUUCACCAGGGGACAGGCCCAAGAAGUUUAGUGGUUCUAAUUCCUAAUUAGUAAUUCCUAAUUUAUUCCUUUCCAAGUUCCUGAAUCUUGCUACACAGUAUGAUUAUAUUUUGUACCCAGUGUGCUUUACCAUAGUUACUCAAUGUGUGAGCUCCAACUGGAUUGAGUUGCUCAUAGAAACAGAAACCUGACCUUGUCAGUAUUAGUGUCUUUUGUGCAUUUCUCUACUGCUGGUUGCAAAUUCUGCUGGGCAGAAUCCGUCCACUUCCAGAGAUGGCUGGUGAGGUCAGCAAGGGGGGAAACUGGGAACUGCAGGACCCUCCUCCUGCUGGCACAAGCAGCUGCCUGGACAUGUUCUACCCUCAGACAGCGUCAGAGCGCUUGCCUUGCACUCCAGCAGCUUCAACUCAAGAAUGUCUGGUUUUCUAAAAAGAGUAGACAAGAAGUACAAACAGUGAUAUCCCAGUUUCUGUAGUUUACCCCAGAUAAGUGAUACUGCAGCAGUAUGAAGUAUCUGUCUGGAAAAGGAAAAUCUGCAAUGAAGUGUUGGUUGGACCUUUGAAAAUGUUCCUGUGAUACUGUUCUUGAGUCUGGACUUAGGUGUAAUUUUGAGAAUGAGGGUGGGAGGGAAAUGUUACUAAGAGGAACUUUUUCAUAUUUGCUAAUUUUCUAAAAGCAGGGUUUGGCUGUGGUGGUUGUGGGUGUAUUACUUUGGCAAAUAAAUAAAUGAACAGUGAUCAGAAA